CCCGUUUCCUGUAUUGGCGGAGGGAUGAAAGGGGCCGCUGUUGUGAGAGGAGAGGGGGAGGUCUGUAUGUAGGAGUUUCCUAAAAAUAGAAACCUUGAAUCUCCUUUUUUUUUGGAGGGGGUAACAAUUAUUCAUUUCGCGGCCGAUACUGUAUCCACUGAGUGGAUUUGAAGGCGACCAUAAACUGAACUGAUUCAGAGGAGGAAAAACUGAGAAGUCUGUACCAUGCACUAGAACAUUGAUAACUGACAGAGCUAGGAUUGCACACUGAUAUAUUGGAGAUAGGAAGGAGAAGGUGAAGAUGGGGCGGAAAAAGAUUCAGAUUACACGGAUUAUGGAUGAGCGUAACAGACAGGUGACGUUCACAAAGAGAAAAUUUGGAUUAAUGAAGAAAGCCUAUGAACUGAGUGUACUCUGUGACUGUGAGAUAGCUCUGAUAAUAUUCAACAGUUCAAACAAAUUGUUUCAGUAUGCUAGCACUGACAUGGACAAAGUUCUCCUCAAGUACACAGAGUAUAAUGAACCGCACGAAAGCAGAACCAACUCUGACAUUGUUGAGACUUUAAGAAAGAAAGGAAUUAAUGACUGUGAUAGUCCAGACGCAGAUGAUUCAUUUGAGCACAGUCCACUCAUGGAAGACAAAUACAGAAAGCUUAAUGAAGAUAAUGAUGUAAUGUUCAAGCGAUAUGGUGCUCUUAACAAGAAAGAACACAGAGGCUGCGACAGUCCAGAGCCUGAUUCAUCAUACGUGCUCACCCCACACACAGAGGAAAAAUAUAAAAAAAUAAACGAAGAGUUUGAUAACAUGAUGCGGAAUCACAAACUCGCACCUGGUUUGCCACCACAAAACUUUGCAAUGCCUGUUGCAGUUCCUGUGUCCAACCCCAACACCCUAACAUACAGCAACCAGGGAGGCUUAGUAACUCAUUCGUUGGUAACCUCAUCGCUAACAGACACCAGCAUGCUUUCGCCACCUCAAGUUACGCUGCACAGAAAUGUUGUAUCGCCGGGUAUUCCGCAGAGACCACAGAGUACUGGUAAUGCAGGUGUCAUGAUGGUUGGCGAGCUCACAUUGCCAAAUGGUGCCAGCACCAGCCCAGUGGGAAAUGGUUAUAUUAACCCUCGAGCUUCUCCUGGCCUGCUGGUCUCUACAGGUGGGAAUGUGUUAGGCAAAGUGAUGCCUACAAAGUCACCGCCGCCUCCUGGUGGAAACAUUGGAAUGAACAGUCGCAAACCAGACCUUCGCGUGGUGAUCCCACCAACCAGCAAGGUCAUGAUGCCACCUCUGUCAGAGGAGGAUGAAUUGGAAAUGAGGAUAAACAGUUCACAAUCGACGCAGCCACUCGCCACUCCAGUGGUGUCAGUUACUACUCCAAGUUUGCCACCACAAGGGUUGCUGUACUCUGCAUACAACACUGAUUAUUCACUAACCAGCGCUGACCUAUCUAUACUACCAGGAUUCAAUUCACCAGGCACAUUGUCACUAGGGCCAAUGUCUGCUUGGCAACAGCACCAUCUUGCACCGGCGGCACUCAGCUCACUACUAGUUAACAGUCAGUCAUCUCAGGGUUCGAACCUUUCGGUGAACGUCAACCAGAACGUGAACAUCAAGUCGGAGCCAAUCUCGCCACCACGGGACAGGAUGACACCGUCGGGCUUCCCGCAGCCCACGCGGCAGGACACGGGGCGCUCGCCUGUCGACAGCCUGAGCAGCUCGAGCAGCUCGUACGACGGAAGCGAUCGCGAGGACCCCAGGGGCGACUUCCACUCGCCCCUCGGAAUCGCAAGACCCUCCGCCGAUGACCGGGAAAGCCCAUCUGUGAAGCGCAUGCGGAUGGACACAUGGGUGACAUAAAGCCCCUCCCUUCACUGCCGUUUUGUAAAACUCUCUUUUGCUACAAGAGAAUUGUCCUUAACAUAUCUAAAACAAGGGCACGGAAAAUGUAUAAGUUAAUCAGGUACUCUACAGUGCAAAUUAAUUGUAUAUUUGCAGAUGUCGCCCACAUUUAAAUUUUAGUCACUGUCCCAGUCUGGCACUUAUUUGUAUUAGCUGUUAUCUUAUACUGGUUUGCAAAAAAAAAAAAAAAAAAUUUAUAUUCAACCCUACCAUAUGCUUGCAGAAACAAAACAGUCGGUUGUCAAUCCUGGCAGUGUCCCCGUGUGUGUAUAAAAAUGGUGUGGCUAGUUAAAUUUUCUGCUUUGUAGCGUCGGAGCUGUAGAAAGAAACAAAGAGAGCAAUACUGUACAGAAAAUAAAUCUACGAUACUGAACUCGGCAUGGGCAUCCAAUUCUUGAAGGAGAGUUGUAAAUUGCACAGUGUAGGGCUGAUGCAAGCAGUUUUUUCUGCACGUGCAAAGCAAACCGGUUGUAAAAAAAAAGGCAAUGCAACUUAUUAAGUAAAUUGGAGACGUGCAUUAAUUACCCGCAUGAGAAAUGAGGAGACUGUUAAUGAAAUAUAGCAUUAAGAGAAACUUAAUAUAUUAAGUUAUAAUUGGAAUCUGGUCAAAGUUCUUUUAUGUUAAUAUCUGAAAUCUAAAUUUGAUUCCAGAUCACGUAUAUUUUUAUUAAAAGGAAACAUAAUACCCAUACUUAUCACUGACUAUAUAAACUAUAUAAUUUUAAAACGCAUUCAGCUAUGAAAUUAUUUAUAUAUAAGCCAAAGCUGCAUGUUGAUGCUCUCCUAGGUAUGGUUUUAUCUCCUUAUCUUGGCUUAGUUUUUGCUUUUAUACAUGCAGGCUGAAUCUUACAAGCCAUGAACACUUGCUAAUCUAUAUGUAAAGAGAAUUUGAGCCAAAUGUUUGUGUAUAUAGCAUCUUAAAUAUAUCACCUUUGGUGUCAGUCUACAAUGUACUGUUGUACGUUCACCAGAUGAAAGUAUAUUUUUGUGGAUUAUCGCCAACUUGACAGGGCAAGAUCCUUAUGAGUAGAGUAUCCACUGGUAAUUACUAUUUUGUUUAAUAUGCUGUACUUCCUUGGGUUUUAAUUAUUAUAUGGCAUUCGCAGAAAGUAGUAAAAGUUUAUUUUCCUUUAUGGCAGUGAAUGUGUACAAUUGUUAUUUCUGUGCUGUAUGGUAAUGCUUUUACUAUACAUAUAAAAAGCAGACCCUAAAACCCUGAUGUUAUAUUUGUCAUGCACAAACUUGAAAGCAAUUUCCUUAUAUUGUAGACUUGUUGUGAUGGAAUUUCACUGCUUUAUUCAAUUACACUUUUCUGAUAUAAACUGCCUUUUGUGAUAAUUCACUGACAGUAAGUAGAAAUUUGUGGUUCACAAAAAGAAAAGAGCAAGUAAAAAUACCUGCAAGAGUGUAGCGUGGGUGAGUACCUUUAAGUGUAGACACAACAAAAUAGCAGGUUUCUUAAAAGGAUUGUUCAGUGGUGAGUGCAAUAGGAGAUUUGACAAUCGGAGGGUUAGCCCUACUUGUACAUAGAGGAUACUUACAGUGCAAUUUUUAUGCCUUCAGUGGACUGAUGUUAAAACUCGAGAACAACAUUGACCUGAAUAGAUGAUGGUCCCAAAUGGGAAGUAACCUGUUUUGUUUUGAAACUUCUUCCCUUCAUGUAUUGUGUUCGUAUCACAUGUUAGGUAAGUAAUUGAAUGAUCAAAGUAAAUUGAAAUUAUUUUGUAAACAAGAAGUUUAAAUGGGAACUAAGUCGAUGUGUAAACUGCAAUAGUUUGUGGUGACGUCACCUCGGAACCUUUUUCCUCACACUGCUGUGUGUUUGUAACUUAAGAUACCUUUCCCAUGAUUUAGUGUGCUUAUGAGGCUGACACAAUGUGAAGUACAAAUUCUGUUCUGCCGGAAGAUAAUCAGUCACUAAAACCAAAACAGAUCGAAAGUUCCCCAGAAACAAAAUUGAAAACGCUGGAGAAAGAUUUACAGAGAAAGCUUUACAACGGGAUGAAUUUUUAACUCUCGUUUAUAACUGGUUCCAUUAGUUUUGUAAAGUAAAGCACAAUCACUGCGUGAGCGCCAUUGGCAAUCAGAGUUCCUGCUUCUAUUUUAGCAUUGCAAAUUGUAAUAUUAGCCAGUCAGCUUCAGUCAGUUACAAAAUGUCUGUACCAUUUGUGAUCUUGUUAAAUGUAUUGAUAUGCUCAUUACCAAUCGCUCUUUGGUUCUUUUAGUAAUGGAUAUGGGUACAGUUUCCCUCCAUUGAACAGGGUAAUUCUACCUUUUAUGCUAAAACAACACUGUAGAAAAAUUGUACUGUCGAGGACAUACAAAUUAUAACUCCUUGCUUUAUCUUGAGAGUAGAUUCAACUCAUUUUAUUGUGAUAGUGUUUGUACUUUGGGCUUGCCCAUCAGAGAACAAACCAUGCUCUUUAAGUCCAGAAAGAGAUUUUUUCCCCCACGCGGACUUUAAUUUUUGCCUUGUUUCAACACAUUAAUAAACAAAACAGACACUGCCUGAAAACGUGUUCGCCGUUUGGUUGAUGAAAUAAGGCAGAUGCUACCAAGAUGGCAGCAAUUGGUCUGGUUUGCUCACUCACUGCUGAACAGACUCCUUUAGUACUGCAUCGAAGCAGCUGUCUUCUCUAGUGUGCUGGAGGGGAAAAGGAAAACUAAGUGAUUUAUGCAUGGAUACGACAUUUCUGUACAUUUCGGUAAGUUUACUUCAAAUUUACUGCAUCUACUUGUGUGCAAAUCGCUUUAUGUGAUGGCAUCAUUUGUUCCCAAAGCUCUAAGUAGUGGGCAUCAGUUAAUAUUGCAUAAUUGUAUGAGUAGCAAUAGCCACUUCAGCAUUGGAACCGUGCUUCUAUUAGUUGCUAGUUUUAUGUGGACAUCAAGAGAGCUUUAUUGAUGUUACGUGAAUUGUCUUUGUGUUUUUUUUAAUUUAAACUCCUUUGAACUUGGGGCUCAUGCCUUUUUUGCUCUCGAUAGUAAGAAUCAGUCAAACUGGGGCUCAGUCCAGAUACCAUUACCAGCACUAGGCUGUGAGUUAUAUUUACAUGAGGUCUUCACCAGAUAGAAGGUAGAGCAUCUGACUUGGUCUAUUUCUCCAGUGACAGUUCCUCUCGCGGUUGAUCACUGCAAAUACAGCAGUGCGGUACUUAGAUUCUACCUGGAAAAGGGAAUGUGAAAAAUACUCGGUGCUUAGUCAAUCCGUUAUAUUUUCCAAAGAUUAAACUGUAGGUCGGAUAUUUUUACUAGUAACCGUGAAUCGUGGCAAUUCAUUUGCAAGUGUGAAAGUCCAAUAACGUAAGUACAUUCUUUAUGACUCCACUAAAAUAGGCAGUUGAGUGAGUGAAAGACUAUGUGGAAUAAAUCUGAAACUGCACAUCUCUAUCUCUGUUACCUAACCUAUCUUGGAAAUUGAGUACUGUGUGCAGGGUUAAGGUUAACUUCUCAUUUAGUGUAGAGAUGCUGUUGCAUAAAGGUAAUCACUAUGUACAAUGCCUGUGGACCACAGGUGUAAAUAUAGAGGUGAUGUUUAUCUGCACACAAGAGAGAGUAAAUAAGAAUGCAAACUUCCUGUCUCUGGACGCCGUUUGUGGGAAAGUAAACAAAGUACGCAAAGAGAAAGGGAAUAUGACGUUUUCUUUGCACAGACUUUUUACACUUGGCUGUGUAAGACAGUGCUUUGCAAAAUAUUUAAUGUUUUUUAAAAAAAAAUGUAUUUGGUAAUUGUUACAAGAAGAAAGCUGUUCACGGUUUAAACGAAGCCCGUUGGCAGCACAAGCUGGACUUUGUUGCCAUCAAUGAAACAAAUGUUGAUGAGACUUUAAGUUAACCUGCAAUUUCCCUCAAUGUGUUUGUUUUUCUUCAUUAUACAAAGAUCGUGAACUUUUUAUCAGAUGAUAACAGUUAUGCUAGAGAUUGUUGUAAAAAUUUGUACCCUGCACUCACUUAAGUAAAGAUAUUGGCUUUUACUGUG